CUCCCGCCCCGGCGGCCCCGCGCAUGCGCACAGCGGCGGCCGGACAUCAGGCAGCGCUGGCGGCGGCGGCGGAGGAGCGGCGGGGUGGCGGCUGUGGCCGGGUGGGUCUGUGCGUGCUGUGCGGGCUGCCGGCGGCCGGCAAGUCCACCCUGGCCCGCGCCCUCCGCCAGCGCCUGCCCCAGUGCUCCGGCUGGGCCUGCGCCCUCCUCAGCUACGACGAGCUCAUACCGCCGCAGGCCUUCGACCCGCGCGAGGCGGGGGCGGCGCCGCUCCCAGGGCCGCCACGGUGGAAGCUGAGCCGGCGGGAUGUGCUGCAGUGCCUGGAGCGCUUCCUGCAGGCGCUGCUCGGCGCCGGCCCGCUCGCCGCCCCCGCCGCCGCCGGGCAGCCGGUCUGGGAGCGAUUCCUGGCCUGCUGCCGCGGGCAGGGGCUGCUCGCCUCGGCGGAGGGUCGCGGCGGGGCCGGCCGCGCCUGGAGCCUCGCAGCCAUCUCCAGGCCGCUCUACCUCAUCCUGGAUGACAAUUUCUAUUACCAGAGCAUGAGAUACGAGGUGUACCAGCUGGCUCGCAAAUAUUCCUUGGGCUUCUGCCAGUUAUUUUUAGAGUCUCCACUCGAAUGCUGCUUGCAGAGGAAUCGUCUGAGAAGUCAUCCACUACCUGACCAGACAAUAUGUCUAAUGGCAAGAAAAAUAGAAAUGCCAGAUCUCAAGAAAAACACUUGGGAACAGAACAGCCUCGUUCUGACGAGUUCUGAUUGCACCGUAGAGGAUAACGAGCAGAUAAUUAGUUUGCUGGCCACUGCUUUGGAAAAUCCAGUGAAGCAAAAUGAGGAGAACAUGGAGCAAAAGGAAGCAGAUCGAGCAAUCUGCGCAGCUAACGGUGUCCAUCAGGCUGAUCAGACAUGCAGACGCAUCAUCUCUCAGGCGAUGAAGGAUGCCAGAGAUAAAAACAUACUCCCAAGUGAGAUGAAGAUCCUGGCAGAAGAACUCAGCAAACUCAAAGCAGAACUUUUGGAAGACUUGCGGCAAGGAAAUAAUGUUAAAAACCCAGUUUGCACACAAAAUCAAUAUUCUGACCCUGCAACCAGUGUAAUUUCUUCAUUCCAACAUGAGGCAACCAAUGUAGUUAAUAAAUACAUUUUAAAAUAAUGA